UUAUCACUGAUUGAGUAGAGUUUUGGAUAUAUAACAAAUUCUUACUUUUUUUCUUCUCAUCAUUUGUCGACGUAUCAUCUGGCGGCGGUUGUGACUCCUCUUUUGGCGUUUCUGUUGGGGACUCUGCAUUGUCAGACAUCUUCAGGUGACCACUCUGGCUGUGGUUACCACCCACCUGAACAAGCCGAGCGAUUGGCCCUGUUUGACCCAUUACCCAGUCCUCUACCUCUACCAGACACUAGGACCAUUCAGACAACAGCAUGGCAAGCAUUGGCCGGCUCUCCACCAAGGAUGCAGUGCUCCUCCUGUGUGACAUGCAGGAGAAGUUCAGACCCAACAUCUUCCAAUUUCCCAACAUUGUCAGCAAUGCGGCCAGAUUGCUCAAGGCCAGUCGUGUUCUCGGCAUCCCCGCCAUUUUAACAGAGCAGUACCCUAAAGGCUUGGGUCCCACUGUACAAGAGCUGGAGGCAGGUGACCUGACUGCUUAUGCUAAAACCUCUUUCACCAUGAUGAUAGACGAGGUGGAGAAGCAGAUGCAGGCCCUCGGGAACCCCAAGCAGGCUAUACUGUGUGGAAUAGAGGCACACGCCUGUAUUGCAUGCACAACAUAUGACCUGCUUGAAAAGGGAAUAGAGGUUCAUAUCGUGGCUGAUGCCGUCUCAUCCAGAAGCCAGACAGACCGUUUGUUUGCUCUGUCCCGACUGAAGCAGAGCGGGGCGUUCCUCACCACCACUGAGGCUGUUCUGCUGCAGCUGGUUCAAGAUGCCAAACACCCAAACUUCAAGGAGAUCCAGAGGCUUUUGGCCCACCCGUCCCCUGACACCGGCCUCCUCUCCUUCUUCAGCGCUCUGUAGCAGGACAAUCUCCUGUGAUUCUGUCCCUAAAAUACUGUACAGAAUUACACUGCAACACACUGAUAAAGUGCUUAAAUAAAAGGAUAUUGCUAUAAAUUU